AUGAGCUAAUUAGAAGCAAAUUCUUAAGCACAAAUUUCUUAUCAAGAAAGGAGCAAACCUGAUUCUAAUCGAUAAUUGGGAACAUCUAAUUUAUCAAAUGGAUAAAAUAUUAAAAGCAUAGAUAAUAAUGAGUAUGACAUUUAUAAUUAAACAUUAGGUUUGUUCCAAGGAGAUCUUCACAAACAAAUAAGUAAGAAAUUGAUAUAAUCUAGCUAUGGAUAUUAAUAAAAUAUUCCUCAAGUUUAUCAAUAUCCAUAAUUCAAUUAUCCUGUAAUGGGAUAACAAACAAUGAAAGAAUAAGAACAUGAAGAAUAGAUCUAAAGAUUAAUGAAAGAGAAUGAAACAUUAAGGUAUGUUUCAAAAAGUAAUUAGAUAUUAGUGGAGAACCUUGGAGUAGGACAACUAUAAGUUAAAAAACGAUAAGUAUUAAAUCUGAGUAUAUUAGUAUGCAAUUAAGUAAUAGAGAUAAGAGUAAUAAUGCUGAAAUUUAAGGAUUGUAGUAUGAUAUAUAUGAAUAUUCUAGGGAUUAAAUACUACAAUUAAAAAAUGAAAAUAAGAGAUUAAUGAAUACAAUUUAAGAUGAUCAAUAUUAACUUUUAGAUUUAUAAAAAUUAAAGAAGCAAGUAGAACUAAAUUAGGGGCUUGAAAAUUAGAUAUCUGAAUUGGAGUAGCAGCUUUCAAUUGCUAAUAAACAGGUGUAAGAACAAAAAAGAUUAAAUUCUUUUUCAGAUAGUGAGAUAUAGACAUAAAAGGAAACUAUUGAAAAAUACAAAUUAUAGCUUAAAGAGUUAACAUAAAACAAUGAGAUGCAAAGUUAAAAGAAUGAUUAACUCCUAAAUGAUAAUAGAAAGAUGAAAUAAGCAUUAGAUAUGAUCAAUAAGGAUUUAACAAACGAAUAAACCUAAAACUAGGUGUUGAUUCAAAAAAUCAAUCAGUUGAAUUAGGGAUCCAAAGAUUAGAUUAAUAAUCUAUAGAAAAAUAUCUAGAAUCUCAAUUAUUAAAAUGAUCAAUUAAAAAAUUAAAUAAUCUAGCUUCAAUAAAAAGAAAAGGAAUUAUUAAAUGUGUAAAAUAUAAAUUUAUAGAAUGAAAAUAAAUUAAGAUAAAUGCAAUAAUAAAUAUCUGACUGUAAAUUAUAUAUAAAUAUUAGAAUAAAGGUAGAUUGAAUAAUAUGCAAUAACAAUAUAGACAGGAAAGAAUGAAUAUUAAAGAUUAGUUAUCAAAAGUCAAUAAUAAGAAUAAGAUAUAUGGAAGAUGAAAGAAUAAGUAAACUAAUUAAAUACCCAAAAUUAAAUGUUACAAAAUAAAUCUUAUCAGCUUGAAAGAACUAUUGAGGAUAGUUUAAAUAAAUCACAAAUUUAAUCUGCUGAUUUAAAAGGAACUCUUGACAGAUGGAAAAACUAUGGAUUAUCACUAGAAUAAGAAAUAAAGAAAAGAGAAGUAGCUUUACUUUAAUUAGAAAAUGAAUAUGUGCAGAUGUAAAAUCAAAUAAAAAAUGCUUAAGAAAAUGAAUUUUAAUACAAAAAUGAAAGAACAAUAACAUUAUAAAAAAUGAAAGAGAUGCAUGAUGAUUUGCUAUUGUAUGAAAAAAAAUGUAAUUAGUUAGAAAGAGGUAAAAUAUAUAAUCAAAAUUAUAGAGUUAUAAUUAUUAUAAGAGUAAAAUAACAAUGUAUUACAAAAUCAAGAAAGGUUAGAACAAGAUAAGUAAUAAUUAAAUUUGGAAGUCAAAAAUUUAAUGGAUGAAUUACUUAGAACUUAAAAUUAAAAUGAUUUAAAAUUGAGAGAUUUUGAUGCUUUAUAAAUGAAAUAUGAUUCUGAAAAUAAUGCAAAAGAAAGAGAAAUUUAGAAUUUAAGAUUAUAAAAUAAUAUGCUUUAAGAAAAAAAUAAUUAAUUAGAAAAUGAUUUGGCUAGAGAAAAAGUAUUUGUGUCUGUAUAAUUUAUAGGAAAAAUUAUUUCAAAUGGAAUCUAGAAUCAGAAGUUUAGAGACUGAAAUACAUAAUCUUUAGUUUAAAUAAACCUUAAAAUAAUAGUAUUCAUGGAAUUAGGAAGUACCAAAUAAUCAUAGUAAUCCGAUAGAAUUAACAGAAAAUAGCCAAAUUUAUUCAGGGAUUGUUGGACCUUAUUCAAAUCAUUCAGGAUAUUUGAACACUUAAUAAAUCAAUUUUGGAGUAUCAAAUUCUUAAAAACCAAAACCUAGAGAAGUGUAAAAUACUCCUUUUUAAAUUAAUGAAUUCCCUGAUCAUAGACGUACUAGCUCUUCGUAGCUAAUUAAAAGUAAAAAUUAUGAUUUGAGAUUCUAAAACCAAACAAAAAAUCAAUAAUUUUGA